AUGACAGGUCAUAACAGCGAGGGCGCCACUCUUCGCGACAACGUCGUCAUCUGUGUCAAAGACGCCUUCUGCUCUAGUAUGCUUUACGUCACCUUGCUUUCCCGAGUCCGGUCACACGCCAAGCUUUUUAUUGUCGGCGGACUGACCCCAGACAUGUUCUCCCCUAUAAGGCUCCCAUAUUUUAAUUUCGACCGACAGACCAUCCGCCCUCCUCUGUAUCCAGAGAUCGUGACAAUGGCAGCUCUUGCACCUUUGAUCAAGCUCGCUAAGCUGGCGGCCCUUGCGGCAGAAACGAGGGCCAAAAUCCCCUCCAAAGGGCAUGACGCAAAGCGUGGCAAAAUCGCCAUUGAGCCGCGCCGCGUCAUCAAGUCCGACGAGAAACAGAGGAAGUUCAUGAAGGUGCUGGACAUCCUCGAAUAUGAGGAGGAGUCUGGAGC